AUGGCCCGCCUGACCGAGAGCGAGGCGCGCCGGCAGCAGCAGCAGCUCCUGCAGCCGCGGCCCUCGCCCGUGGGCGGCAGCGGGCCCGAGCCCCCCGGGGCGCAGCCCGACGGCAUGAAGGACCUGGACGCCAUCAAGCUGUUCGUGGGCCAGAUCCCGCGCAACCUGGACGAGAAGGACCUCAAGCCGCUCUUCGAGCAGUUCGGCCGCAUCUACGAGCUCACGGUGCUCAAGGACCCCUACACGGGCAUGCACAAAGGCUGUGCCUUCCUCACCUACUGUGCCAGGGACUCCGCCAUCAAAGCUCAGACUGCCCUACACGAGCAGAAGACCUUGCCCGGGAUGGCCCGACCGAUCCAGGUGAAGCCUGCAGACAGCGAAAGCCGCGGAGGUAGGGACCGGAAGCUGUUCGUGGGGAUGCUGAACAAGCAGCARUCGGAGGAGGACGUGCUGCGGCUGUUCCAGCCCUUCGGGGUCAUUGAUGAGUGCACCGUGCUCCGGGGGCCUGACGGCAGCAGCAAAGGCUGUGCCUUCGUGAAAUUCUCUUCUCACACAGAGGCCCAGGCGGCCAUCCACGCCCUCCACGGCAGCCAGACCAUGCCGGGAGCCUCCUCCAGCCUGGUGGUCAAGUUCGCAGACACCGACAAGGAGAGGACGCUGCGGCGCAUGCAGCAGAUGGUGGGCCAGCUGGGCAUCCUGACGCCGUCCCUCACCCUGCCCUUCAGCCCCUACAGUGCCUACGCCCAGGCUCUCAUGCAGCAGCAGACGACUGUGCUGUCCACCUCGGGCAGCUACCUGAGCCCCGGUGUGGCCUUCUCACCCUGCCACAUCCAGCAGAUCGGUGCCGUCAGCCUUAAUGGGCUGCCUGCCACACCCAUUGCUCCUGCCUCUGGGCUGCACUCGCCCCCGUUGCUGGGCACGGCUGCUGUGCCUGGCCUCGUGGCUCCCAUCACCAAUGGCUUCGCAGGUGUGGUGCCCUUUCCUGGUGGGCACCCUGCCCUGGAGACCGUGUAUGCCAAUGGCCUUGUGCCCUACCCAGCUCAGAGCCCGACGGUGGCUGAAGCGCUCCACCCGGCCUUCUCGGGAGUCCAGCAGUACACAGCCAUGUACCCCACCGCGGCCAUCACGCCCAUCGCGCACAGCGUGCCCCAGCCGCCGCCCCUCCUGCAGCAGCAGCAGCGAGAAGGUCCCGAAGGCUGUAACCUGUUUAUCUACCACCUCCCCCAGGAGUUUGGAGACACGGAGCUGACCCAGAUGUUCCUGCCCUUCGGCAAUAUCAUCUCCUCCAAGGUGUUUAUGGAUCGGGCCACCAACCAGAGCAAGUGUUUCGGCUUCGUGAGCUUUGACAACCCAGCCAGCGCGCAGACCGCCAUCCAGGCCAUGAACGGCUUCCAGAUCGGCACGAAGAGGCUCAAGGUGCAGCUGAAGCGGCCCAAAGACCCCGGACACCCCUACUGA